AUGGCGUCCAGCCCACCUGUUCUUCCGUUGAAAAGUCACCGCCUCAGUCCCUUGCUGUCAGAUCGAGUUCAGAAGUAUGAGAGUGGGGAGGUCGGUGCUAUGGGCAGGGAUGAGUGUGAGAGGGAUGAUGGUAUGAGGACGCGGAGGUUCGAUGGUCAUUUUGAGAGGAAAGAACAGGGGUUAGUGGAAGAGCAAGGGCAGGAUCAGGAACAAGGAGAAACAGAGAAGGUGGGUUCGUCGACGUACACGGCGUGUGGUGGUAUCUACACCGUCAACGACAACAAUGCCAACAACACGGCAGCCAGCUCACCUUCCAGCACCGUCGCAGAUUCUCCACUACACCCAGUAGGCGUACCAGCAUCUCGGCCGUGGAGUUUCGUCGAAGGUGCUAGUGAUGAAGUCAGUGUGGCGGAACUGCCUUCAAACACUCAUGAAGACAGGGAAAGCCAGAUGGCUGUUCAGUACGAGUAUGCGAAUCAGCGCAUGGCAGAAGAACAGAGAGCAUGCAUCACACAGCAAGAGAUGGACGAAGCACGGUCGUAUUGGUCCUCUGCCAUGGCGCAAAUGAAUGAGGCUGUUGAUCACGUGUUGGGGGAUGAUCAGAAUAACUCCACAUACUCCCUCUCCAACCUCGAACGAACCACAAUCACUCAUCCCUUUUCCGCCGUCGUAGCCGACGUCUUCUACAAAGACGUCUGCACACUCAACCGAGAACGACAAGAACGCGCUCUCUGCAUCGACGACCCUGAUGCUUUGCUGGUGGAAAUGUUCAUUUCCAUGAAAGAUGAGGAGGCGAAGGAGAAGGAAAUUCCGUGGCCCGAGAUGCUGACGAGGCAAUUACCAUCUCCAGGCGUGUUUACGCCGUGCACAUAUCGAUCCAAGCACCACACUGUGAGCCAAGUGGCAAGGGCGAGUGCAUGCUUGGCCGUGGGGCUGCAGGACUAUGCGCUGAAAGCUCGGGCACUUCAGUACAACGAGAACAGAAUGGUUCUCGAGGAGGCUUUUAGCGAGAGUGAACAGCGUUCUGUCAGCCCGUCCACGUAUAGCUUCGGCACCGGAGUGAUGACGCCCGGCGGCAGGGAGAGCCAGUAUGAAGAGGGAGACAGUCUGUGCGCGACUAAUCUUGAAGAGGAUGUGCAGCUUAAUCUCAUCGCGCAGUGGGAACUGAAACGCGACAUUGAGCGCCUUGUGGCACUCCAGCGUAAUGUCAAAGAAGCGAGGAGCAGGCUGACUGAGUAUCCGUUGCUGAGCAACUACUCGAUUCGCCAGAGUAAGAUCCAGCGUACGCCUCAUCUCGAGCGCUCUGCAACGCCAACCAUGGACUCCGAAUCGAACAUCCUUCUCAUGGAAACGAUGAUGCGCUCGGGUACCCACGUGGAACGCACCAAAUCUGUUGACUGGGCAGGGUCUGAUGUCCCAAACUCGAGCGUCACUAGCCUCAGGUCUUUGAACAGCCAGUCGUAUAUUCCAGACAUGGAGACGCCCCAUCCAUCCAACAGACAGCCACAUCCCUCCAACAGGAAACCACUUCGUCCCUAUGGCAGACAGUCGCUUCCUGUCACUAGGAGACAGUCACAAUCGGGACCGGGCACUAUCUCUCCGAGACCUUCUAGUGUAUACAACGCUGGAUCAACGGUGCGAAGUGAGACACCCACACAGUGUCCCCCAUCUGUGCGGCUGAGACUUGCUAGCAUAGAGGAGGAUCGGCUCCGCAUUGCCGCGGAGAACAUCGUACGCAGUCUGGGCUCAGUCAGUAUACGCACUCAGAGGAGUGUGUCGUCACCGAUUGCAGAGUCCCUCAGGCACGAGUCGGUUCGUACUGAAGAGCGUAGAGAGCAAGAGCGACGCAGUGUAGUUGUAUUUCCGAGAGGUCUGCGAUACGGGGAGCAGUGUGGGGAGCGGUACCCUAGCCGACAGAACAUAGAUUGA